UUUUACCGUAAAAAUGGCCUUCAAGGACCGUUUCUCCUUAACUAAUGGAAUGGAUUGGGAUUCAGCAGGUGAAACAAUGGUGACAUCGUCUCAAGAUAAAAGUGUUUUUAUAUAUUCCUUAAAUAAGGCAUGCAUUACAAACAUUCUACAAAGCAAGAAGCAUGGCGUCUCUGGCGUUAGAUUUACCAACGAAAGCCCGCGAAUAAUCGUGUGCAGUUCAUCUUAUGAUGCUACUGCAGCGUCCGUCAAAUUAUGGGAUACGGUGGAAAAUAGAUACAUGAGGAGCUUUUCUCUUGGUGCACCUUUAAUAAGCGGACGCGGAAUAUCUCCUCAUCCUAAUAAAGAUAUGAUGCUCAUUACAACAGCCAAUGAUACAUGUUCGCUUUACAACUAUGACAAUUCCACUCCAUUGUUUUCCUAUAAAGGGAGAAAGAUUAUAGGUGCUUUUGAUACGCUAGGACUGAUUUUUGCUCUUUAUACUUCAUCCGUAGAAAAGAAAGAGAUUUCUUUAUACGAUUUAUCAAGGUACCAGGCACCCUUUACUACAUUUGAUAUCGGAAAUGUAUUGCUGACAAAGGAAGAUGUUGUGAGCAUUGAUUUUAACCCCAAUGGUCGAAGUCUGGUAAUAGGAACAAAUUUCGCAAGACUAAUUUGCAUCAAUGCAAUGAAUGGGACUACACUAUUCGCAUGCUGUUAUGAUAAUAGACCCUCUUACAUCGUCGACGAUAAGGAUUUAUGUUUCCCUUCUAUAUCACCCGAUGGAAGAUAUCUAUUGUCUGGCUGCACUGAUGGAAGAUUGUCCAUAUGGAACUUUAAAGGGCAAAAUGUCUGCUGUCUUCCUGGACACGAGGGUCCACCUCAUUUUGCCUGUUUCAAUCCAAAGAAGGCCAUAAUAUCGUCGGCGUGUGUAAAGGUCGCAUGGUGGCUACCCGAUCUUAAGGGCACAAGUGACAACAUAUCUACUCAGUAGUAUCAUAUGUGUUAGAAUGUACACAUCUAACAAACACACACUU